AUGAUGAAAAGUACCAGAAAUAGCCUCAUAUAUUUUAAUAAUUAUCUAAUUAUUAAUAGAAAGUAUAAAAACAAAAUAUUGUUAAAUAAAAUAUUCCAGAAUGAUAUACAUAUAACUAAAAUGAAAUUCAACUUUGUUCAGAAGAACAAAAAAAUUAAUAAAAAUAUUUACAAUAUGAACUGUAUAGAGUUAUAUAGAUAUACGUACUUAUUAGAAAAAAAGAAUAUCAAUAAUAUAAUUAUAUAUAAACAAAUUAAUAAAAGAGUUGAGAUGAUAUAUAAGUUUCUGAAUCCUUCUAAAAUUAUUUUAUUAGUUAAACUAUAUUUAGAAAAUAAUAACUUUCAUAAUUAUAAAAAUACCUUUAUAUGUCUAUUACAACAAAUACUUAUAAAAUUAAAUGAAUUUAAUAUUGAAGAAAUAGUUAAAUUAUAUAAUAUUAUUAGUAAAGUAGAAAAUAAUCAAACCAUAGUUUAUUUAUUCAAAUAUAUUAAUAAUCAUCUUAUUCAUAAUUAUACAUUUAUAGACAUUAAAUCAUUUGCUAUCAUAUUAAAUGCCCAUGCUAAAUUAAAAAUUAAAGAUAUGAAAUUAAUAAAUAAAUUUUUAAAUAUUAUAAUUCAACAAAACUUAACAUUUGAUAUUUUAAAUUAUUCUAUCUAUUUUAAUACAUUCUAUAAACUCAAAAUAAUCAAUAAUCAAUAUGUUCAUACUAUAAUUAAUAAUUUUUUCAAUGAAAUAAAUAUAUGCCAAAAGCAAAAUAUACUAAAUCAAAUAAAUAAAGAAACUAAUAAAAUAAACUAUCUGUCAAAUAAUAAAGAACAUAAAAUUAUUCUGGACAAAUUUGCUAAUUAUAAGCCACAUCAUAUAUGUAAUAUUUUGUUGUAUCUUACGAUUUAUAAGGAUGUAUAUUUGAUGGGGGUAGACAAAAAUGAGAUUAGUAAUAUGAAAUCUGAUGAAAAAAACUUGCAAUAUUAUCAAAACAAUAAACAAUAUGAUCAAAACGCCAUACAAUAUGAUCAGAACAAUAAACAAUAUGAUCAAAACAAUAAACAAUAUGAUCAAAACGCCAUACAAUAUGAUAAAAACACCAUACAAUAUGAUCAAAACGCCAUACAAUAUUAUCAAAACAAUAAACAAUAUGAUCAGAACACCAUACAAUAUGAUCAGAACACCAUACAAUAUGAUCAAAACAAUAAACAACAUUCCAUUUAUGAACAUAUAACACUCCUGUAUCAAUUUAUCAUAAAAAAAAAAGAAGAAAUUCAUUGGGAAGAAAUUCUUAUGCUUUGUCAAAUUUUCAAAACUUUAAAAAUUAAAAAUGAUAUACUUGUUGAUUAUAUUGAAAAAAAAUUAUUACAACAUUUCGAACAAAAUGAUACACAACUAAUAAAUAAAAAUACAGAACUUAUAAAAAUAUUAUUUGAUAUGUGCACAUAUUAUAAUGAUAUAAAUAUAUAUAAACAUAGUAUAUCUUAUUUUCUUAAAAUGAAAAAUAAAAAAUAUAUAAUAGAUUUUUAUUCAGCCCUAUUAUUAUUAUAUACUUAUUCCGAAAUAAAUAUACUUGAUUAUGAUAUUAUAUCUUUAUUAGUUCAUAUAAUAAAUAAAAAAUAUAUGCAACAUUUUCAAGAAGAGCAUAUUUUUCUUCUAAUAAGAUCUAUAUAUAAAAUAUGUAUAAACAAUCAACACUAUUUUGUAUAUACAGAAAAUAAAGCACAUGAUUUAUUAUAUGAUCAUAAUAUGGCUUACAAAUUAGAUAAUAAACAGAAUGUUGUAAAUGUGACAAGUGAUGAUAAUAAUAAUGAAGUGUGUAAAGAUAAUAAUAGUGAUGUGUAUAAUGAUAAUAAUAAUAAUAAUAAUAAUAAUAAUAAUAAUAACAAUAAUGUUUAUAAUAAUAAUAAUGUUUAUAAUAAUAAUAAUAAUGCUUAUUAUAAUUGUAAUUUAUAUCAAAAUGCAGAUAAUACCAUUAAUAAAACUAAUAAUUAUUAUGAACCGAACGCCUUAUCUAAUAUGUCUUCUAUAUGUAUGUUAAAAAAUUUAAAUAAAAAUAAAAAAGAUGAAAAAAUUUCCUUUGCUAAUUAUCAAUGUAAUAUAUAUCCUACCAGUAAAAUACAAAUACACCAUGAUACCUUUUUAAACACACAUAAAAAAAAAAAGAUGUUCUAUAAAAUUAAAAAUUUGAAUGAUCAAAUCUUUACCAAAUUACAAACAGAUUUGUUAUCCAAAAAAAUAGAACUAUAUGAUAUGAACAUAUCUAUAAUGUGUAAAAUUUUAUAUUACUCUGUCUUUCUAAGAAAUUUUAUAUUUAUCAAUAAUGUAAUGCAUUUGUUCAUAAAUUAUGAAAACAAAAAGUUGAGUUUUAAAAAUAUUUUAAAUAUAUUAUAUUCCUAUGUUCAUAUGAAAAAAAAUUAUAUAUAUAAGAAACAAAUAUUACAACAAAUAAAUGUUAUAAAUAUAAAUGAAGGCAAUAAACAUAUAGAACAUGUUAUUAACAAAAAUAAUGAUAAUCAUUUUGAAAUAUUAUCAAAUUUUUAUUUUCUUAUAUAUAAGAAAAAAUAUGUUAACCAAUUAAAAAAUAUGAUUUAUUAUAUGUUUCUUCAAUCCAAAAUAAAUAUAUAUAGUUUUAUUAAUAUGGAUAUAAUAAAAAACUUAGUCCAUUAUUCAUUUCUGAAUAUACACUUACUUAGUACUAUACUUAAUACGUUAUUAUCAAAGGAUUUAAAUGUCAUAAAUAUAAUACAAAAUAGUGACCAUAAUAAUGAUAAUAAUGAAAAUGAUGAUGAUAAUGAUGAUGAUAAUGAUGAUGAUAAUGAUGAUGAUAAUAAUGAAGAUAACAAUAAUAAUAAUAAUAAUAACAAUAAUAAUAACAAUAACAAUAAUAACAAUAAUAAUAAUAACAAUAAUAAUAAUAAUAUUUAUUCUUAUCAUGCACAAGGCGAAUACCAAAAUGUACACACUUCUAAUAAUAUGCUCAACAAUCCAACUAACAUUUAUCUACAAAAUAUUUCCACACACAAGCAUAUCGAACUAUACAAUAAAAUCUUUACACACAUAAAUACACUCAUUUUGAAGUGUCACAAUAUUUAUGAUAUCACAAGAAUUUUUAACGCUUCAUUCAUCUUACUUAAUCAUAUUCAAAAAGUAACAGAUGAAAAUAAAUUCUAUCAAGAAUACCAACAAUUGCAAAAUCAUAUACAUAAUACAUUGGAAAAAAUUGAAAAAAAUAUUUUACAAAAUUAUGUCUUAUAUAAUAAAGAAUUUAUCAUGCUUCUGUCAGCUAUAUGUAUAUAUAAUAAUAAUUAUAGUUAUAUACCAUUUUGUUUUUUCUACAAAUAUUUUGAACAUUUGGUUUUUCAACAGUCUUUAUCAUAUUGUAUUUUACUCAGUAACGAUGAAGAGCUAAAACAUUUUUCUAACUUAAUUUAUGAAUUAUCCAAAUGUAAUUUUAUAAACAAUAUUAUGAUUGAACGAAAAAAUACAAAAGUAGAAUUAAAAUAUCCCGAACAAAAUCAUAACACUAAUCUUCAACUACAUAAUAUAAAUUAUCUUCAACAUGAACAUGAUUUGUAUAAAAAUAUUCCUAAUAAUAAUAUGUAUGAUCAUCAUUAUAUAGAACAAUUUUAUUAUUAUCAUAUUCAACAAAUAAUCAACAGCAUAGACAUUAAUACAAACGAACAAAAUGAUAUAUCUAAUAAUUAUAAUAUGCUAGGAACAAAACAAGAAAAUCUAAUUCAUACAAAUAUUAUAGAUAAACAAAAAAAAAAAAAAAAAAAAAAUGAUGAUGAUGAAGAGAAAAAAUAUAUAUAUCAGUUAAAUCAUUUUGAAAUAAAUAAUAUUAUAAAUAUAUAUAAAGUAUUAAUAAAUAAUUAUGACAUAUUAAGUAAAUAUGAAAUUUUUAAUAAAAUUAAAGAUAUGUAUUUAUAUUCUUCAAAAAUAAUUCAUGUGAUAUUAAAUAAUCUACCUUUAUACGAAUUAAACAAAUUAUGUUUAUUAAUUUUAAAAAAUAAAAUACCUAAUACCUAUUUAUUUCAACAUAUUAUAAAAUAUAAUUCUGAGUAUAUCAAUCUAAAGGAUUAUAUGCUAGAUACAAAUUAUAUUAUUGAUAUAUUGAAUAUUUUUAUAAAUAUCAAAAAAUAUAAUAUUUUUAUAGAUAACAAUAUUGUAAUUAAUAUUAUUAGGAAAAAUAUAAAUAUGAUGAAUACACCACAACAAAUUAAUAGAUUAUUAGAGUUAAUAUAUCUUAUGAAAAAUAUAAAUAUCCAUAAUAAUCUAAUAUUAGAAACAUCCAAAAAUAUAUAUUCAAAUUAUCUUUUAACAAAUACAAAUAUUAAUAUAGGGGAAAUUAUAUACUUCUUAUAUCUAUUAAAUCAUUUUAAUAAUUAUGAAUUACUAAAUUCUAUGUUUUGUAUUUUCUAUAAUUUAUGGUCUAAUCAUAUGAAAACAAUUACAAUUCGGAAAAAUCAAAAAUUACAAUUAAAUUCGAGCUUAAAUAAUACUUUUUAUAUAUCCAAAUAUAUAUACACAUUUGAAGAAAAGCAUAUAUUAAAUCUUACUAAUAAAAUAUCAUCAUAUUCAGAAAAGCACCAUAAUUUAAAUGAUGAGUAUAUUCUAUAUAUAAAUGAAGACAGUAAUAUUCCUUGUCACGAAAAUAGAGAUUUACAUAAUAUCCUUACCUCUAACUUAAACAAUCAACAUAAUGAAAUAUAUCUCAAUAAGCAAAAUGUACAAAAUCACACAACAAAAGAUAAUAAUAAUAAUAAUAAUAAUAAUAAUAUAUUAUCGUAUGGAAAUAAUUAUAAUAAUAUAUUAUCGUAUGAAAAUAAUUAUAAUAAUAUAUUAUCGUAUGAUCAUAAUAAUAAUCAAAAUUGUCAUCAUAUUAACGAACAAUUCAAUAUGUACAAUCUAAAUUAUAUAGAUACCCAAAUAAGUAAAAAAAAUUAUAUACUUCAUAUGAAUGAUCAUACAUUUAUAAUAUUAUUUUUCAUAUUAGAUCUUCAGAAAAAUAAUGAUAAAUCUGAUAUUUUAUUGAAAAUAUUAAAUUUAUAUAAAUCAUGCUUUUCUAUUUUUAAAGAACAUAUUUAUAUAUUUAACAAAGAAAUAAUAAUCCAAUGUUUAUAUAUUUACUUCAAUUCAGAAAUUAAUAAUUUAUUCAUAACACACAAACAAAAAGAAUUAAAAAAUAAUCAAAUCAUUCACAAUAUUAAUGAUAAGAUUAUUUAUAUAUUAAAUAUAUUAAUAACAUUUAUUCAUAAUCUAGAUAUACAAUCCGUUUUAAAAUUGUCUUUUAUUUAUAUACACUUUUUUAAUUCCAUCUCUAAGAAAACAUAUAAUGUUAAAGAGAACAUCAUACUACUUAUGAAACAUAUUAAUAAUAAAAAAAAAUUAAUCGAAAAUAAUAAUAUCUUGUAUGAACAAAUAAAAAGUUAUGCAAACAUGUCACCUUAUUAA